UUAGUGGUUUGGUAGGUGUUAAUGAGGAGCCCUGCCUUUGAUGGAACCAUUGGAUGCAACACUCUUUUUAGGUCUUUGUGUGCAAAAUAUAGGUUUCAUUUAGAUCUUCUUUUUUUAACACGCUAUACUAUUAAAUACAUCAAUAUUUUUUUUUGUUCAUAACUAUGGGGAGAACUUUUAACACAAAACCUGAAUUUCCAUACUUGCUUGUAAUCAAAUGCUAAUCAUAAUCCUGUAUUUUUUUUUCUUUUUGUAAAAUUUUGGCUUAUUUUUCAGAUACACAAUGCUUUUUUAAUUAUUUUUUUAUGUAUUUUAACGCGUUGCAGCUACAAAGUAUCACUUCACUUGGUUAAUCUGAUAUAUAUUUCUUUUUGUAAUGUCAUUUUAUUUCUCAAAUUAAUUGGUAUUGUAUAUAUUUAUUUUUAUUGCAUAAAUGCAUUUUUUAAUUUUCUUAUUUAUAGCAUAUUUAUGAAAUUAUAUUUAUAGUAAAAUGCAGAGAAUUAUUUUGUAAUGGGAAUAUUUAUAAGUGAAAUUGUAACAAUCCACACAGGUGGAGCUUAGCGCCCCCUGCUGGCUGAGGUGCCUCCAGGCACAAGACUGAUGACGUGGUUUGUUCGGUUUGUUCACCAGAGUAGCAGGAUGGCCGACCAGAGUAGGCAAAUAAAACUCGCUGCAGCUAAAAAGAAGCUGAAGGAGUUUCAACAGAAGAGCUCUCCUGCUCCUGGAGGAGGGGAAAAGGGUGGUGGUGGUGGAGCAGGGGCCAAGAAGAAAAGGAAAAUGAAGGGCCAGACUGAUGCAACGUCUGCAGACAGAGACUCUCCUGACACAUUUGACAGUUUUCUGAAAGCUCUUAGUCAAAGCAAUGGAGUAGUCCUCUCACCUAAUGGCAACUGUCAGACGUCUGCUGACAUAGAGCCUGCAAGGUCGCCAGGUCCCCAGUUUUUGGAGGAGCCAAACAGCGAGCCUGAGCAUGGCGCUCCUGUGUUAAACCCCGCUGUUUCUAACCCCGCUACUAACUCUGACAGUCACAUCACUGACCUGCAGGAGUAUCCUGAUACCAACGGCAACGAGAGUCUAAAGGAGGAAAACAGGCCGCUGUCUUCCACAGAGAGCCUGCGGCAGCUCUCACAACAACUGAAUGGUCUGCUCUCUGAGUCAUCUGCUGCGUAUGUGAACGGGGAGAGCGCACCUUCUGUCAGUGAAAAGGAACUGGAGAGUCGGAACCAGGAGCUUGCAGCUGCCCUGGAGUCCAGCAAGCUAACAAACUCUCAGCUCAAUACCAAGCUAGACCAGCUGGCACAACAAACUCAGGAACUCACAGAUCAACUUCAAAAGGAGCGAAAAGAAUUUGAGCAGAGGUUUUCUAAAGAGCAGGGAGCCAUGCGGGAACAGUUACAGGUUCAUAUCCAGACCAUUGGUAUUCUAGUAUCUGAGAAAUCGGAGCUGCAAACGGCACUACAAUACACACAACAGGCUGCACGACAAAAAACAGUUGAAGCAGAGGAGCUGAAUAACCGUCUGCAGGGAACGAAGCAGAGAGUGUCAGAGCUGGAGCGAACCCUUUCUUCUGUCUCCACUCAGCAGAAGCAGUUAGAAAAGUCCCAAAAAGAACUGGAAAAGGAAAGGGACAGCCUCCGACUUGAAGUUUUAAGAUUAAACAACUUGAGUGAAGAGUCAAAGCAGCAGAGCUCAGAGCUGUCAGAGCAACUGAAGUUGAGCGGACAGGAAAACUGUGCAAUGAAGCUGGAGGUGGAAGACCUUCGCAAGAGGCUGGAGAUUUCUGAUCUCAUGCUGCAACAGUGUUCAAACCAGUCAGAUCCCACUAUUGCAAACCAACAAGUUAAUUUACUGCUGGAAGAGAAGCAGCAGCUGGAGGUUCUAAAUCACCAGCUGAUGGAGUCCGUCUCCCAGCUGAAGACGGAGAGAGACUGUUAUGCCGAGCAGAUCCAGAAGGAGGGUCUCGUAUGGAAGGACAAAACAGAGCAGCUGCUAACACAGGUGACUUUGGUGGCAGAGGAGAGGGAUAGAAACAUUAACCGAGUGCAAGAGCUGGAGGCCAGCGUUGCUGAGCUGAAAAAUGCUGCAGCUUUAUUAUCUGCAGAGAAGGAAACUCGAGAUCAUGCAGAGCCUCAGACCUCCGGACCGUCUGAGCAGGAGGCGGCUCUGCAGGAGGCCCUCAGCAGCUUACAAGAAGAGAAAGAAGCGUUUGCUGCACAGUACCAGGCACAGCUGCGAGAUAACGAGCAGCUGAGUCGCCUGUGUGCCGAGCAGGAGGCGCGUCUGGGGGAGCUGGAGCGGCAGGUUGAGAGCCAAGCCCACGAGGAGGAGGACCGCCGACGCAUGUUGGAGGAUGUGCAGUCGGACAAAGCCACCAUCAGCCGCGCUCUCACCCAGAACCGCACUCUGAAGGAUCAGCUGGCUGAACUGCAGAAUGGAUUUGUCAAAUUGACAAAUGAGAACAUGGAGCUCACCACUGCCAUCCAGUCAGAACAUCACGUAAAGAAGGAGCUAGCCCGCAGAAUGGGAGAGCUGCAGGAGGAACUGCACAAUGUGAAGGAGCAGCUGGAGCUGAAAUGUCAGGAGGUCCAAGGCGUGGUGGAGCAGAGGGACCAGGUGGUGGCCCACCUGCAGCAGUACUCUGCUGCCUACCAGACGCUGGUCUCCGAGCGGGAGCAGCUCCACAAACAGUAUCUACAGCAGUGCCAGCUCCUGGACCGGCUGCAGCAUGACGAAAGCCACGGGCGCACGCAGCUGGAGAUCAGUCACAAUCAGCUCAAGCAAGCACAGGAGCAUUUGGAAAAGUUAGUCAGGGACAACGAGCAGCUGAAGGCUGAGGUGAUGGAGCUUCUCAACAGCUCAGCUCUCAUGUCAUCAUCAUCCAGAGACCAGGGGGAUGGAAUCGAAAGUCAGUCGUUGCAAGAGAGUCCAGAAGAAUCACCCUCCAUAAUUAUCCCAGAAGACUUUGAAAGCCGAAAAGAGAUGGAGGAUUUUAUCCAUGGUGCUUUGGCGCAGUUGAAAGCAGAGAGGGAUGAGACGAGGAGGCAGCUGGAAGAGGAGCACAGACUCCACAUGGCAGCCAGACAACAGGCCGCUGUAGCUGUCAGACUGGAGCAGCAGCAUCACAGCCACAGUGCCGCUCAUAAUCAUGAGCACAGCAGCAGCCAGGAUGGUGACUGUGAGCACACACAUGAGCAUUCAGGGGGAGUGCCGGUAGAAAUACACCAGGCCCUGCAAACUGCGAUGGAGAAACUCCAGCAGCGGUUUACGUCGCUCAUGCAGGAGAAAGCCGACCUGAAGGAGCGGGUGGAAGAGCUGGAGCACCGCUGCAUCCAGUUAUCUGGAGAGACAGACACUAUAGGAGAGUACAUUGCCCUUUACCAGAGUCAGAGAGCCAUCAUGAAGCAGAAGCAUCAGGAGAAGGAGCAGUACAUCAGCAUGCUCGCCCAGGACAAGGAGGAGAUGAAGGCAAAGCUGGCAGAGCUGCAGAACCUGGUGAUGAGGCUGGUGGCUGAGAGGAACGAGUGGUACAACCGCUACACUGGAGCGGCAGCAGGCGGGGGAACGGUGAACCCCGACCUGCUGCCUGUCGGAGAGGAUCACACACUUUCAGAGCAUCAACACACACACACAGAACUCAGUGGAGCAGAAGCCAUGGAGGCCGUCCCUUCUUCUGAGCCCUCAUCAGGUUUUGAAGCCUCCUCAUUCCACACCCCGUCUCCUGGGUCUGUUCAGACUGAGCCCAAGCCCCUGGUGCCCAAAGAGGACGGUACAGCCCAGCAAAUCAUGCAACUCCUCCACGAGAUCCAGAACCCCCAGGGCGCUCCCAGAUCCCCCCCAUUCCUCGGAGAGAACCCCUGCAUCCCGUUCUUUUAUCGACCCGACGAACAGGACGAAGUCAAGAUACUGGUGGUGUGAGUGUGCCUGAGUGCGAGCAUGAGAGAAACGUCCACACGUCUUUAAAUUUGGGAAAAUAAAAAACACUGCAGUUUACUUCAUUUGGAGCUCAUUGAUAACACUCUGAAAAUCAUUUGGCGUGUGGGUGUCCACACAGUCCUGGUAUCUCUGGCCAUGGAAUCCAUUUAUUUAGCCCGUUGCCUCAUUUUCAUCGUGAAAGGACUUGGCUACACUUUUGUUUGUUUCUAUGACAACACACACAUCCACAAACACAAAAAUACCCUUUCAUUUCCCUUUUGUUGUUUAACUCUCCACUGAUAUGAAUACAGUUCCCUCUGAUUGCUGUGAUGCUGAAGUUUUCAGUAAAAGUGUUGUUGAGAGCAUUCUUGUAAAUAUCAUCAGCAAUAGUUACUGUGAAAGAGGCUUGAUUAAAAUGAAAAAACAGGAUCGUUUGACAGGACUCAGCUUUUCCGUAUGGCGUUCAAGCGUUCAACCUUUAACACAUACAAUUACACAGUCACUAUCACAUCAGCGAUCAUAUUUCCCUGCUAUGUAAUAUGGCUCAGGACACAUAUUUCCCAAAUUUAGGAUUUUUUUCCAAUAGGGUGUGUUAACAAUUAUGCCCUCUAGGGGGCAGCACAAACCCUUCACUCAUGAAAAACAGUUGGAGAAAAAGACUGUGGACAUAUUUCUCAAAAUGCACCGUCCUUUUCUUGUGUGUGUGUGCGUGAGAGACUGAUAUCCAAAUUAACUUUUUAUAUUGUUUUUUUGUUUGUCGUGGGGAGAAGAUGAUCGCUAUUUCCACAUGCGUUCGGAUCCCUCUCCUCACGUCAAUUUUGAAUCUCUUCCUCGCCCGCCUCACACAUAUGUGCAAUAAGAAGGGGGUCAUGUAUUUUGCCCCUCUCCCUCUUUUACCGUAUUAUUAUAGCUCUCUAAAAGAAGCAGCUUUUGUACAAUUGUGUUGAAGUGAAAGUCUCCGUUCAGAUUCACUGUACACAUGCCAAAAAAAGCACCUCUCUUGAAUGUAAUAACUCUAAUAUUUAAAGUAUGUGAGCCUGAGGAGGUUGGAGAAAAGUGCAGAGAGAGGAUGUCGGGUUUGGGUGGCCAUUUAUUUAUUCUAGUUGAGAAAUAAAGGCAGAAAGGUGGAAGAUAAAGUCAAAAUAAAAGAAGCGUUUGAGCUUCAGAGGCUGUUCCAGUUUCAAGAAGGUAAAGGAGGCAUUCAGGACUGGUACUGUUCAUAGAAACUACCUUUUGUUGUCCAACACUGAAGACGAUUCCUAGUCGUGCAUGCAUAGUGAUCAAGAAAGAUAGUAUAAAUAAAUCAUCAGUAGACUGAGAAAACCAUGAAAACAUGGUUUAUACAACUAGUAUUGACGUCAGGACCUCAUGACGUCGUUCAAGUCAAGUUAAGGAUCUUUUUUUUUUUUUUUUAAUAAAAAUUACAGUUUGAGUUGCUGUGCAGUGUCCAGAAAUGUUAGAUCAGCUUUUCCUACUCUACACAUUCCUGUCCCUUUCCCCUCCCCACAUUUCAUUUGGUAGAAUCUGUCCAUCUUGACACGUUUCAUAGGAUUAAACUAAAUUUUUUUUGUAAGAAUUAUCAUCAUCUGAACUUCUAUGCACAUAAAUCAGGGGUCCCAGUGCGUUCUGGAUGAACUCCAGAUCAGAAAGAAAUAAAAGGACAAAAAUAAAGAAAUUAGGGUUCCUGACUAAUAUUUUCUCUUUGCUCACAUCUUUUUUUUUAAGCAUCCUUGUUCUCUUUAAGAAAAUCCUUAACCUUCAAAAACUGGUUGCAUUUGAGAUACAAAGAAGUUGGAAAUUUGAAAUAUUUAAGUCUGCUUUGACCUAUAGUAUAGAAAAAUCCUGAAUAACAACACUAUAAAUGUAAUCCUUGACCUAUACUGUUGGUUUACUUGUAGUUGAACAUAUCCGAGAUGUUUUAAUGCACCUUUAUGACAACUGGACUGUGGGAUUGGGUCUGCUCCUCAUUUGGACUUCGAUGUUUUGAUGCUCUAACCUUUAAAGAAGGAGUAAAAAGGGGUUCCUAUGAAGCUUGCUGCUGAAGCUGAGGAUCCCAGUGAACCUCUCAGUGUGUUUGUGCUGCUCUGAGGAUGGGAACGAUGUGCAAGUAGGGAAAGAACAUAUUUUUUCUGGUUUCCUCCAAAGCUUUGAUAAGAAGGAACGAGUCUGGUUUUAGCACACUUCUUUAUGAAACUGAAGGUCAAGAGAAGUUCUUUGGGGCAUUAUGAAGCAGAACUGAAGAUGUUUGCCUAGAAAAAUAAUUGAUUCCUUUAGUAAUUAGGAGCAAAUACCAUUUCAUUUACUAAUCUGUUUCUGAACUGUAUGGUCUUUACAUAGUAAAUAGUGUUAUUAUGAUUAUCAUUCAGAGAGCAGAAGUUGGAUAAAAAUGAUGACAAUGACCAGAACAUAUGUUAUCAUUUUUUCCACUAGAAUCCUCCACAUCCUUGUUCUGUCUGGUUUCAGCUUUUAACAUGCCACAGUUGAUCUAUCUUUCUUUUUUUUUCUCAAUUGUUUACUUUAUUUGGGGGUUUAGCGGUCAAAGAUGUAAAAAUCCUUUUGGAGUUUGUGAAAUACAAAAAUGGGGAUUUUUUUGGAUAAUCGUCUGCUUAACAUGUAAAGCAGUGGAAGCAUUUAUUGUCCUUGAUGUAACAGCAGUGGUGUAUAUACUGUAACAGUGUAAUAUAUUGUACAUUCAUUAUGCCUGGUGUGUGUUUGGGGGGGCGCUGCUCUGCCUGUGUGAGUGAGUGAGUGUUAGUACAGGGUUGGGGUGUUGGCUGUUACUGACUGGUGUGAUUUAAUACAAAGAUGGAAAAAAAAAAGAAAAUAUUUAUUUGGAAUAAGUUAGUACUGAAACUAAUCAGUUUUAUUGUAAACUAGAAAAGAGUAGGAUGGGAAUGAAGGAUCAUUAAGAGACCUGGUUAAAUAUUUUUGAAUGCUGCUUCUGACGGGAGCUCUUUGAUUUUUAUUUUUAUUUUUUUUCUUGAGUAAUAUUUUCUCUUGAUUCUCCUGAAUAAAACUGAUUGAGCA